UGAUUGAACACUGCUAAAAAUGCUCAACCAAUCACGAGGCUCCAAGCAUACAGUGGAAAAAUGUCGUCGCAAUUGUUGAUAAUUUGCUAAAUAUUUUCAUUUCAAAUUAUUUUAGUAAACGUAGGUACUGUAGUUUCUCUCCAAAAUAUAAUUAGUAAUCAAAUAUUGUUCUUAUUUCACUCACAGAGGCAAAGGAAGUGACUUUCAGUACCUAGGUAAAUACAAUUUAUCUCUAAAUGACAUUUUAACAAUUGCAAUAUUUUUGUAUUUGUAAAUAAAAACAAAAGUAACCUGGUUAGGAGUUGUUUUUAUUACUUCUAUAUCACAAAGGAAGUAGUAGCUCUUGACGUAACGCCUUCGUUUGUACAAAGUCAUGAAGAAUUAUGUUCAUAUUAAUUUAUUAUUAUGGGUGAUGAAAUGGAUCCGUGCGAGUGCCUCUGGAAUCAUGAGCUGGCCAUGCGCCGCUUAAUCUCACUGCUCCGUCAAGGCCAAUCGUAUUGCACGGAAAGCGAAUGCCUCGAGCAAUUACCAGGGCUUCCGCAGCCGGAGUCGGCUGGCAACAGCUUCAUCAUGAUGUUCGUGAUGAUGGCAUUUGCGUUAGCUAUGUAUAUGAUGCGCCCGCGACGCAACCAGAUCCAAGAUGCGGCCAAACCAGCGCACAAUCCUCACGACCGUGACGGUGCUCCCCCUACACCUCCAAGAAUUUAAUCAACACUUGCCGAGGCGACUUGUUCAUCCCGAGUGGUCGUUGCCACCUUUGAAUUCCAGUUAUUUGUAUUAUAAACACAGAGUUGUGAUACAACACAGACUCGACGUGUAUUAACGUAAGCUCUUGAGUGUCCUAUCUACACAUAAAUGAUUUUCAUUAAGUGAUUUGUGAUAUAACAAAGAUCAUCAUUUCAGAACAUGUAUUGAAUUAACGUUCCGUUUACAAUGUAGUCACUUGAUUAUUUCAAGAUUUUCCAUUAUGAGAUGCUAAAAUAAAUUAAUAAAGGUUUAGAUUUAAAAAAAAAACCAAACAUAUUUAUAUGUAACGGGAAUUCAAAUAAUAGUGCAAUAUUCGAAUAUCGUGAAAACAAUUCAAAAGAAAUGAUCUGAUGUAGAUUUUUAAGGAAAUUUAAAUGAAGUAGGUAUCUACCGUCUUUUUGUUUUUAGAAAUUUGAACAUGGCAAUUCCAAAUAAAUAUUAAAUUAUUAACGAGAGAAAUAUGAUUUCUCUCUCUAGCUCACAGAUUUUAUUUGGAAUGUAGCAAACGCACGUAUACUUUGUUAACGUUGGUUUUGAGUAAUGAAACGAGAUUAUAUAGCUUAGUAUCAGUUAACCAAACAUAUCAACAUCUCUGUGUAAUAAAAAAAGUGCUGGUACUUGGCAAAUGCUUAUUAUCCUUUAUUUUCAUAAUCAAUUAAAUAUAGGUGUUGUCACAAAUCAUUGGAUUCCAUUACAUCCACUUAAUGUGUUCCAAAGGUAUUUAUUUACCUAUUUACUAAAUAGAGCGACCUUUGUCCAUAUUUAUGUGAAAGUGGUGGAACAAUUUAUUUUCAACCAUCUAAAUGUUAUACAUUAACGAUACUGCUAUAUUCCAUUAGUUUUAAUUCAAUUAUUUCUUCGGGUUGGGCAACUGUUUAUGUAUGUACUCAUAUCAUAAAACAAUUAAGAUUUAUUUACAUAUUUACCAUGUGCAGACAAAUAAAUAUUAAUGACAUUAAAA